AUGGGGUUUGCUUAUCCUUCGAUCCUUCUCCUUCUUGCUAUAAAGGAAGACAGUGAUAGUCGUGGCUUCUACAGUCUCUCCACCAAAAAGGUUUACCAAUUGAACUUGCCAGAGGCCCGUGGCAGGAAGUGUUUUUCCUCAUGCGGUUGGUUGAUAACUUUAGGUCUUGAUUUGGAGAUUCACUUGUUCAAUCCCUUUUCUCGAACUCGGGUUCAAAUUCGGCUUCCACCUCAAUCAACAUUCCCCAAUCAAUACGACCUUGAAACAGACUCUGAACCGGAUAUAUACGACCCUGAAACAGACUCUGAACCGGAUAUAUACGACCCUGAAACAGACUCUGAAAUAGAGCGAGAAUAUAUCCGCCGGGUUUUUAUGAGAAAAGUGAUUUUGUCCUCGAGACCAUCUAAAAGAAUCCCCUGUGAAGAUGACGAUGAAAAAUGCGUGGUUAUGGGGAUGUUUUCCAAACACUGUAAAUUAGCCUUCUUGAGAUUGGGAGAUGAAAUUUGGACUCCUAUAUACACACCUGAAGGUAUAGGUAUCAGUGAUGUCAUCUACAUGAAUGGCCAAUUCUAUGCUCUCAGUGAUGAAGGUAAAUUGGUAAUUGUUGAUAUUUCCAGUCCUGAUCCAAAGACGAUUGAGUUUGCUGAACCACCGGAGUGUUAUAACCAGUGCACACAUUUUUAUAAUCCGCAUUUUUAUCUUGUGGAAUCUGUAGGAGAACUCUUUAUGCUAGCACGGUAUGAAGAUGACUGUGAGGGUGAAGACGAAGAGUUUGGAGAUGGUAUUGUUGAAGGUGAAUACAUUGAAUAUGGAACUCACAACUAUGACAAAUAUUUUUAA